AUGGGUCUCGUCUCAGGUGCUCUGAAAUGGUGGGAGGAGUGGCAGCUGCGUAUCCUGGUGCUCAGCAGCCUAUGUGUCCACUUCUUCCUCUACUUCUCCAUGUGGGUGCGUCGAGUCCCCGGCCUACGCAGGCUGAGAGUGAUGGUGUGGAUGGCGUACAUAGGAGGCCACGCCCUGGCAAUCUACGCCCUUGCCACCCUCUUCAACCGCCAUAAGCAGUGGACGACGGAUGCGGUGGGUGAGAGCAGCAGCGACCUGGAGGUGAUAUGGGCGCCUCUUCUCCUCAUCCACCUGGGUGGCCACGUGACAUUGAGCGCCUACUGCCUCGAGGACAAUGAGUUGUGGCUACGACAUGUCAUAACUCUGGUAUCUCUGGUCACCGUCGCCUUGUACGUCUUCUGCAAGUGGUGGUCCGGCGAGUUGAGGCUGCUGCUGGCGGCAGUUAUGCUCUUCGUCUUCGGCAUCCUCAAAUUUGGUCUCAAGCCAUGGACUCUCAGGAGAGCUAGCUAUAGUCAGAUGCUCGCUUCCACCGAUGUGUCCCUACCAAGAGAGGGGGAAAAAAGAAGUCGUGAUGGAGCAACAGGGGACAGCCCCCUUUCCCUUGAUGAAUAUGUGACACAAGCAAAGGCGACAAUGUGCACAGCGAGCUGCGAGCAACAAGCUGCUACCCCGCCUACGGCAAUAGCAGUCAGACACAUUGAUUACUUUGUGGACCUGUCCGCUCCGUACGGUGGUCGGCUAAGUGACUUGUGGUAUCUCCAGAACAACAACAAGAAGACGACGAAUGCAUCAUACAAGAUGUUGCAAAUGUGCUUUGAUCAAAUAUUUGAUCUCUUGUACACCAAAAUGGGAUAUGUUGAUGGAGAAACCAAUGUGGGAUUCACUUCUUUUGAGAUUCUGUUUACGCUUUUGCUUCCAUUAGUGGCCUUAGCUUCCCUGAUGCUCUUCGCCACAAGCAACAAGCAUGGUUACAAGAGCAGGGACGUCAAGGUGACAUACAUCCUUUUCUCUUGCACUACUUUGCUGGAGUUCUUACAGUUAUGGUGUGGUAUUGUCACUGCGUGCAUUCCUUGCCUGAAAUUCAUCAACGAGUAUCUCGAGGGAUGGCAUGACAUGGUUUCCCAGUACGACCUCAUGUCGUUCUAUGUUCGCAAGAAGAAACCCACCUUCCUGAUGAAGAUCUUUUUCUUCGAAUGUCUAAUGGGGUAUGUUAGCAAGGUUUGGUAUGUAAGGAAGGUGCCUGCAGCCUACGAAAUUACGGAGCUAGUUCAACGGCACAUAGAAGAAGAUGGAUGGAAGACGUUCAUAACUGGAGAGGUUCAGCGAUUUCAGGGGCCAGCUGACUCUGGAGAGGUUCAGUGA